AAUUUAUACAUAUUAUAUAUAUAUUAGAUAUUUCCUGUCAUAUUUAUUUACAAAAUAAACAUAAUAUUUCUGCAUUGUUGGAAGAAAAGUGUUCUGGUUCACUGUAACUCCCUUUUGCAUUCUUGAUUGACAUUUUUUAAUAGAACUAUGAACAAAGAAAAAAGUAAGGCAACAUGGGAUACAAGCACUACAGAGGUGUUACUUAAAGAAUGCAUGGAGCAAAUCUACCGGAAAAAUCGUCAAGGAACAUCAUUUUCAAAGACUGGGUGGAACAACAUUCACUCUGCAUUCAAUGCAAAAACAGGAAAAUCUUAUGAGAAGAAGCAAUUGAAAAAUAGGCUCGAUAGCUUGAGGAAGGAUUGGAGGACAUGGGUUGAUUUAAACAAAGAGACUGGUGUAGGUUGGGACCCUGUAAACAAUACAGUGGUGGCAACAAAUGAGUGGUGGGAGAAGAAAAAACUGGAGAAUCCCCAAUAUGAAAAGUUUAGGUACCAGGGGUUAAAGUUUGCUUAUGAAUUAAACACGAUAUUCAAGGGUGUGAUAGCAUCUGGAGAGGAUAUGUUGGCACCGUCUUUAACCCAACCUCAGACACAAGAGGAUGAUGAAGAGAAUGUGUAUAGAGUUAUACAGAUCUCCUUGAAGGAUCGGGGGAUAGCGAAGAAGAUCUUGGAGGUGCUAGUGUAG